AUGCGUUUCGCUCAUUUAUGUUCGAUUGCCCUUGGGGCUAAUACUGUUAUUGCGAGUGUUUGUAGACCUCGCCAGUCGAGCCAUGCCAGUGUUGUAUCCGUGGAGGCUACAAUCUCGACUGCUUCUGAGUCCAGUUCUCCUACAAGCACGAAGCUUGAGACAACUGGCGAUACAACCUCAGCUUCAACCAUCGUCACAGUCACCACUACUACCGAGUCUUUCACGAGUGUCGCAACAUCAAUUCUCGAGACUACGACCGCCACCGAUUUAGUUACAACGGGCCUGUCAUCCUCUUCUACUGAAACAACAACCCUCCCCGAAACCACCGCAACAGCCACUCCACCCCUCGAAACAUUCCAAAUCAUCGUUCCAGAACACAGCUUCCACGAUGAAUACCUAAUCGGCCGCAAAACCACCUCUAACGUAAUGGGCUUCGAUCUCGAACCUCAAUCCAACAUCCCAACCCUGACAUUCUCCAUCGAAGCAGAGACAUCUUUCGUCCGCGAAGUAGACGGGAUGUACCUAUGUAUAGAAUACGCCUCGCCCUCUUCACCAGGCCAACUGCAACUCUGCAACAAGGAUACUCUGGGUAAUGGGCGCUGGAGCUUGCUUACCUGUGAAAAGACGGAUGAGCGCGGUCUUGAGUGUUCUGUGCCGGCUGCGACGUGUGGGUUUAAUAUGAACACGGGACAGGUCGUUUGUAAUGACUUGGAGGGUGAUUUCACGCAGUUUUACUUGGUGGGGAAUGGGAGUCAGAAUGGGUUUACUCUUGCUUUGGGAUCGAAGGAGCAUCCUCCUUCUUCGGACUACUAUACCGCGGUUGAGAUUGAGGUUACUCCUGUUCGUGAUGAGUUAUAG